UUUGACAGCUGAUGUGUGUGGCAGGUGUAACAGAGGUAGAAGGGACACUUAAUCUGCUGGUGCUUCUCUUGUUCCAGCUGAAGGCAAACAAAAUUGAAAGACUCUGAGUGGUUUCUACGCUUGGCUAACUUUGGGAUGAAAGACUUCAUCACAUCCUAAUCUGAGAAGACAUUUUGGAAAUGAGGAGACAAUUGGCAUUAAAGAUGGGUCUGUAUGCUGGGCUUGCAUUCAUCUAUAAAGCAGAGGUGGUCUGAUGAAAGGGGAGCAGGCUUGGGAGUCUCUGGCUUCAAAGCAGUAACAAUCUCUAUUGAUUUCCCUGGAGGAUGAGCAAUGAGUUAAUCUCUGUUUGCAUGCCAUCUAGUGCCAGUAUGCCCAUGAAGUAGUGGAAACCCAGAUAUGACUCAGGCACUUUCAAAAUGCAGAGAGCAUUUGGGAACCACUGAGUGGAGUUACCAGAUUUUAUUCUGUUUGGGCCUGGAGUCCACCUCUGCAAACUAAAUCCACUUCUCUGGUGAUGGAGGCAGGGACCACUCCCAGAUGCCUUGUGGAGAAAGAGGGAACCUGGUGCAGUAUUUGGUUUUUUCUCAAACUUUUUUUUUUUUUUGCCUUCCUGUUUUCAUCACACUGCAUUGCCUCAGACAUGUAGCAGUGAUGGAAGCGGCCAUGGCGGUGAUUUCCUAUGGGUGUGGGGACUUCCUUCACUGAGGGGCACUGUCAUCAGCCACGUGUAGGGUAUGUGGUGGGUGAGGUGUUUGUCCUGUGAGGAGUAGCUUGUCCUCAUGCUUACCCCCAAUGUGGUGUUACCGCUCUGUUGUGGGACACUCAGAGGGCAAGUAGUCCUGGUGGAGGCCAUUGAGCCCCAUGAAGUCCCUUUCCACUCCAUUUUGCUUCUCUGUACAGGGAGGAGGGAAUUUGGAUGGGAGGUUUUGUUACAUUGUUGACAUUACUUUAAUUUCUAACUUUUUCUAUGUAUUAAGAAACCUUCAAAUCUUAGUGGUUGGGAAGGAUCUUAGAUACAAUUGAAAUGUAGCGGUGGGACUACAUUAAUAAGUUAGUUGUGGACAUGGAAGACAAAAUUCUCUGUCAAAAUGGAGCUUUGACUUUUCUUCAGGUUAACCUACAGUGGUAUUUCUCACAUAUGUUGGGAGUGAGGUUCCAUGGCUUUGGGAGGGUUGGUUUAGUAAUGAAAACCUCCUGUAAGUGAUACGUCGAAUGUGGGAAUUCCCAUAGCAUGCAUGCCUUUCCUUUGGUUUCCACUCAUGCUGUUAAUGACAGAUGUCUGGGAAGCGUGGCAGUGUCCCUCUCACACAUUGGAGAUUGAAAUGAGAAGAUACAGUGCACAGAGCAGAGGAACAAAGCAAGAAUGCAGCAGGAGAUCCCAUCCUGCCAUUCAUUCCCAGUAGGGAGAAGAUGGACAAAGGAAGUCACUUGUUGCUCAUUUUGAGGAAAAAGGCUGCAGUGGCCAACAUGGAUUUUCUCUUCAUCUGCCCCUUUCUGCUGGCAUUGCUGCUGUCCCAGGGCAGCUUCACAGACCUGGAGAAACAGAGAGCUGACUCUGGCUUGGAAAUCUAUAAGAAGCUGUUCGAGGUGAAGCGCAAGGACCAGAUGAAUGCUCUGAAGAACUUGAUUGAGCUCAAUGACAUCAACCAGCAGUACAAAAUCAUUGACAUCAUGCUCAAGGGACUCUUCAAAGUGCUGGAGGACUCCCGUGCUGUGCUCAUUGCUGCCGAUGUGCCUCCUGAUGGGCCCUUCCCUCAGGAUGAGAAGAUAAAGGAUGCAUACUCCCACGUGGUGGAGAACACUGCCUUCUUCGGGGACGUCGUCCUGCGCUUCCCCAAGAUCGUGCACCACUACUUUGACCGCAACUCCAACUGGAACAGCCUCAUCCGCUGGGGCAUUGGCUUCUGCAACUUGACGGGUGUGUUCGAGCAGGGACCCCACUCCCAGGUCCUGCGGCUGAUGGCUCAGGAGCUAGGAAUCAGUGAGAAAUCACCCGAUUACCGCAAUCCCUUUAAAACGGACCAGUCAGAGUUUUUCCCCAGUGCUGACACCUUUCAGAAGGCGCUGCGGGAUGAGGAGAAGAGGAGGAAGAAGGAAGAGAAGCGGAAGGAGAUCCGCAAGGGCCCACGCAUCUCCCGCUCACAGUCGGAGCUGUAGCACACUGGGACUGGUGCCUUGCAGUGGGGGUGACACCACUGGGACACAGAGCGGCUUGCUCCCUUCUCGGCAGCCUUGGGCCGAUGCCUGGCCGUUCUCUUUCCAUUUGUGCCGUGGGUUUUGUUUUGUUGCCUUUCAUUUUUAUUCAGUGGAGGUUGGGUGGUGGUGCUGGUGGGUUGCCCCAAAGGGGCUAAAAUGGGAUACACCUUUCCACAGAGGUAAAGCACAGAUGGGACAGCACUGGGGCCAUCCCCUGGUCAGGGUGUUACUGCCUGUGGGGAAAUAGGGGGUGGGGGACAUGCCUCUGGUGGAGCCAGGGAUCCCUCCUCACUGCAGCACACCCCACGCUGAAUGUACCUCCUCCAACACGGGUGGGCUGGGGAGUGCAUCACACCAAACAGCCUCAUGAGCAAUGCUGCUUCUCUCAGUUUUGCUUUUCGUUUUGUUAAACGAGUGAUCUCAUUGGCACCCCCCACCGGGUUCUACCUGGUCUCUGCACAGCUGCUACCUCUGCCAGAUCAGACCUCCCCUUUUCCCAGUGGCUGUUUCACUGAGCAACAUGCGUUUCAUUGUCCAGAUGUAGCUGAAAAUGCCGAUGGCAGCUGUUCCUGGCCGAUGGCAUCCCGUGGCUACCACAGGUCAUUCCCGCAGAGAGGUGAAUGCCCGGUGAAUUUUUGGACAGGAGGAAUUUCGGUACUUGGCCUCUUUGCAGCCAGUGGGUGGCUGUAGUGCAAGCAGUGCUGAUGCUGAAGAUGCUGGGGAAGCAGCCCUGAGCCAUGGAGAGCCCGUCCUGCAGCCCAUGCCCCAUCCCUUCUCUUUGGGGCUCAUCCUCUCUAAAUGAGUCCCCAAAGGGCUCUGUCAGGGGACAGCCAGGUGAGCGCAUGUGGCGAUAGCAGGGCUGAAGUAGGGAGGGAGCCAACUGGAGGGGCUGUGACCCGACACAGCCACCCUGCGACUCCUCACCUGCGCUGAUGGCCUCGCACCAGAGCGGGCUCCUGCAGAGGGGCCUUCCCCAAGGAGCGUGUGCUCUGUGCCGGGCUGGCGGCUCACAGCCUUUGAGGAAAGGGAAACGUCCCGAAUUUUUUAACAGCAGAGCCAAGUCCCUCCGAUGAGGGGAGGGGGGGUGGCAAUGGGCGCAUUUGUUUUUUCUUGAAUAAAAUUGACUUUACUAUUUUU